ACGAGUAGUCGAUAAAUUUUUUGCUCUUUGCUAAAAUAUAAAAUAUUAACAAUUUGGACGCUAAUCGCAAAUAAAAUUGUUUCAAGUGAUUGAAUACUCAACUUAAAGUGUAAUUCUAUAAAAACAGUGUUAAAAAGUGUGUUAGUGAACAUUUUUUUGGUGUGAACCGUUUAAAACAUCGAACUUUGCGAAGUCAUUCGGUGGGUGUGUGACUGGACAUUAUACGCAUAGUGCAAGCUACUGUCGCGGUUACGCGCCGCGCAUAAGUGUCAUAUCUGCGCGCGGUUACGUUCGGUGACGUACGCGUGCGCACACACCAAAGACUAAGUAACGAAGACGGCACAAUAGUUUCUACCUAAUUCGCACUGCAUCUAAGAGGUCGAUUAUUUUUUUUUUUAUUAUAUACACAAUACCCAAGACUCGUACCCUGCGGUCGCGUAUUACCUACUCAAGUCCGUUCUGUCGGGAGUUCUCGAACCACUGUUUCUCAAAGUUCUUGGUGAUGGAUAAAAUUUGCGAUACCUGUAGUGAACGGAUGUCGGAUGGAGUAUACUGCACUGUAUGCUGUAUGACAAUGCACUUUCAAUGUGCGGGAAUUACUGAAGCUGGUUAUCGGAAAUUGGGGGACAGAAAGCUUACCUGGCGUUGCAACAAAUGUAGGCUAUCCGGCACGUCCCAUCAACCAGUAUCGCCUGCACCAAAAUCACCAAUCGCAGAAUCAGCAGUAUUACUGGAAAUACGAGCGCUGUCUGAAAAGCUGACUCCGUUGGAGAGUCUAAAGGACGAAGUCUCAACAAUGAGGAAGGAAUUCGCUGAUUUAAAAUCAUCACUUAGUAAGCAAUUUGAUGAGAUUAUAAAUAAACUAGAAGAUAAGUUAAGGGUAAUGGAGCAACGUGUUGUUAAGGUGGAGUGUAUAAAAGAAGACGUGGAGAAGCUUCAAGAACGUUUGAUGAAACUGGAGGACGAAUCCGAGGACAGAGACCAGUGGUCACGAAUGAAUAAUAUAGAAAUAAAAGGAAUAACGCAGCAAAACAAUGAAAAUCUGUUGGAGAUAGUCGUAAAAAUUGGCUCAAAAAUUAACUACCCAAUCUCAAAAACCCAAAUAAAUUUUGUAUCAAGAGUACCAACACGCGAGAAGGACCGUACUAAACCAAUAAUAGUUUGUUUCUGUAACCGAUACGUAAAGGAGGACUUCAUUGCCGCCGCUAGACUGGAGGCCAAAACGUCUCCUUUGACAAACAGUGUCUUUGGAUUAUCCGGUAAUCAAAAGGUAUACAUUAACGACCAUCUUACCAUUAAAAAUAAAUUGUUACUGUCCCAAACCAAGAAGUCGGCUGCUGCAGCAAAUUUUCAAUAUGUGUGGAUAAAACACGCGAAAAUACAUGCACGAAAAACGGAGACAAGUCCAGUUAUUAUUAUAAAAUCAGAAAAGGAUUUAACAAAAAUAGUGUAAUUUACUUAAAUAAUACUCCUCAGUUUGAGAGCCGUAGAUCACUGAGUCCAGCUUGCGUUUUCCUGAUACUCAUGUGUCCAUGCUCAUUGUGUUCAAAUAAGCUUUAUAAAAAUAUUUUAGUCGUUAGUAUUGUGUUACAACUUGUUAAUGACCUUAAGUACAUAAAAUUUGAGCUUUAUUUUCAAUACA